UCUAUGGUGUUCCGCGUCGCCUAGGAGACCAGCCGGGCAAGAUGGCGUCGGCGAUUCGGGCCGGGCCGCGGCUGAAGCGGGCGGUGGAAAGCGAGGAGCUGUCCGGGCUCCCCGCCGCGCUGCGGGAUGAGCUGCGGGAGGCUGUGGCUUCCAAGGGCUCCCUGGUUCCCUUCAGUUUGGUGAGGAGGCUACACAGCGGGCUGCGAGAGGCAGAGUCCCAGCUGUUCCUCCACGAGCUCCUGAGAGACAGUGACAUCGCCCUGCCCAAGGUGCCCGUGCAGCCGCGGAACCCCGAGCUGGUGGCCAGGCUGGAGCAGAUAAAGGCCAAGCUGGCCAACGAGGAGUACCGACGGAUGACCCGCAACGUAACUGGGCAGGAUAUGAACCAUGGGACAUUAGCUGAGUUUGGGAGGCAAGUUCGCUCUGUUAAAGCUGUAGUCAUCACCAUAUUCAACUACUUUGUCACCGUGGUGGCUGCGUUCGCCUGCACGUACCUGGGCAGCCAGUACGUCUUUGUGGAGACGGCGGCGCGUGUCCUGUCAGCCGUGAUUGUGGCCUCGGUGGUUGGCUUGGCUGAACUGUAUGUGAUGGUACGCACAAUUGAAGGAGACCUUGGGAAGCUAUAACCACACGCAUCCCCAUAAAUUGAGGCUUGUGCUGGAGGCCUUUGCCUGCUCCACAAGUCAUUUGUUUGGGGCAUCGUAUCUCUGGGCUGUCGUCUUGUGGAUGUUACCACCCCAGCACAGAGAAGGUUACAAGCUGUUGCUGUCUCAGUUGUUCUGUAAAGUUUCUGUCUUUUUAUUGUAGAAUUAAAUAAUAAUGUAUGUUUUCAA